UCAAAACAUACUGCCUCCAGCUCAAGAUGUUCUUCAAAUAUACUUUGCUAUUGCUUGCUGCCUGCUGUCUGGCUUUGGUUGCAUCUGGAUCUGUGCCGAUGAAUGAGGGAUCCAGGAUACUGGCACGACACGCUCGAUCACCCAAGUCACAGGGCGGCAGUGUGGAUCUUGGAUAUCGCAAGGAUGCGGGUGGUCGUGAAGCCUCCAUCCAAUACAAUCACAAUCUGUAUACGAGUCGCGAUGGUCGUGGCAGCAUCGAUGCUUACGCACAAGGGAGUCGCAAUUUCGAUCAUAAUCGCAACAAUUAUGGUGGCGGCAUCCAAGGACGUUGGCGUUUCUAGACUCUAAGUGUGAAACUAUUUUCAUUCACUCUAUAAUUAAAAUAUUUAUAUUCUGAUAUUAAAUUUAAAAACAAAA